AUGGCCUUCCGCAUCUCUUGUGUAUUUCCAGUGAAGUUAUUGCGCGUAGCAAACAAAAGUCUUCUCCGUUGCUCAGGACGUCAGUCUUCACAUCUGUUUGUUCACCGAGAAACCCCUGAAAAUAAUUCCCAGACUCCUUUCGAAUUCACAGAUGAAAACAAAAGAAGGUUGGAUGUAAUCAUAGGAAACUACCCACCUGCACAUAAGGCUGCUGCAAUAAUUCCUGCCUUAGAUUUAGCUCAGCGACAACAUGGUUGGUUGCCAAUAUCUGCAAUGAACAAGGUUGCUGAAAUUCUUAAUGUCCCAGCAAUGAGGGUAUAUGAAGUGGCUACCUUCUACACUAUGUUUAACAGGGAACCCGUGGGAAAAUAUCAUAUUCAGAUCUGUACUACUACCCCGUGCAUGUUGGGCGGUGCAGGCUCAGAUGUUAUUUUGGACGCCCUGAAGGAAAAUCUCGGUAUUGAACCAGGUCAAACAACAGAAGAUAAAAUGUUCACUCUGUCAGAGGUAGAAUGUCUUGGAGCUUGUGUUAACGCACCAAUGAUGCAGAUCAAUGAUGACUAUUAUGAGGACUUAACAGUUGAAGAUACAGUUCGUAUUCUUGAAGAACUAAAAGCUGGAAAAAAGCCAAAACCUGGACCACAGAGUGGACAAGGUGGACGUUUUGCAUCAGAACCAAAAGGUGGUUUAACCUCACUGACAACAGAUCCUAAAGGUCCUGGAUUCAAAGUUCGUUCGGAUUUAUAA